CAAAACAAUUAUCCAAUGGUAAAACGGCCUGAGUAAAACUCUUAUUUAUCCACCAUCUUUGGGGUUAAUAUUGCCCAGCGGUGCAAAACGAACUGCACGGUGGUCAUGUGAUGUACACGGAAGUGUAACUCCUCCGCACCGCAGUUGUCAGUACCUUGCAGAGUUGUAGAACCGGUCUACACCGUUAACGUCUAAGUAGUAUAUUGAAACAGCUGGUUAAUGUAGCCUAGGUUAGUAGUCAGCUCGUAUCUAGUCGUCUCUGCGGUCAUGUUAUUGUUGAGUGUUAGCAGUGUAUGUCUGCUCCUAGCGACACUACAGGCGGUACAAUGUGACGCCGAAUUGAACACAUCUACAGGUGAGAAUACCGGACAACUCGGGAAGUAUUCGGUGCAGUUCGUGACUAACUCGUCCAACGGCACCGACCUAACCUAUGGCUUCGUCUCGUGCGGGGUGGCCGUUCUGUUUUACGGUUCUAACUUUGUCCCCGUGAAGAAGAUACCCACCGGAGACGGUCUGUUCUUCCAGUGGGUGCUGUGUGCAGCAGUCUGGAGCGUAUCUCUGGUGGUCAACAUUAUUCUGGGGUCUCCCACCUUCUGGCCGCUAGCCAUGCUGGGGGGGGCCAUCUGGGCUACAGGUAACAUCACGGUGGUCCCCAUAGUGAAAACCAUCGGUCUGGGUCUGGGCCUCCUCAUCUGGGCCUCUUUCAACCUCCUCAUUGGUUGGGCAAGCUCCAGGUUUGGCUGGUUUGGGAUCGAUGCUGAGGAAGUUUCUAACCCAACACUCAACUACUGUGGAGCAGGAUGCUGUCUGCUCAGUGCUGUGAUCUUCUUCUUUGUGAAGAGUGAUGUUCACAGUCAGACCUCCAGACCAGAAGAGGAGGAGCCACUACUCAUAGACGGCUGUUUAAAUUCAGAUGGUGGGACGUCGUCUGAUGACUCGUGGGUCGACACACUGAGACCGCGGACCAAACGACUGGUUGGUUCUCUCCUAGCUGUGGCAGCAGGUUUGUUGUACGGUACCUCUUUUGUUCCAGUUCUCUACAUUAAGAACCACGCAGCACAUCAUGACAGCCACUUCACCGGGGCAAGCCAGUUUGGCUUUGUCUCUGGGGUGAUGUGGGGUAUUGCUACCUGCUGCUGGUUUCUGGCCAACACCUACCUGAGUGCUGUGGUCAGUUUCCCCAUAAUAACCACGGGUCCUGGUCUGAUUGCAGCUCUUUGGGGAGUGGUGGUCUUUAAGGAGGUUAAGGGUUGGUGUAACUUCCUCAUCCUGGGCAUGGCGUUCUCAUUGGUUCUCGCUGGAGCCCUGCUGACAGCCUUCUCCAAGGUGUGACACACCUGGUCUAAGGCAUUAUGACUUUCCGCCAGACACUCAGGGAACCAGGAUGAGGAUGGUUACUGUACUCCGAAAGGGAACUGUCUUUUAACUGAUACACUUUUCACCUAGUUUAACUAGAAAUUAUUUCCAUAGUCUCUUAAUAUUUUAAUGUUUGAUAAAAUUAUUUGUCUAUUUCCAUGAAUUCAUCUCAAAGGGAUACUAUUUUUUAUGAAGUUAUCUAAUGUGAUACCAGUGGAUGAAGAGGUUUAUUAACUGUAGAGUCAAUACUUCCUGUUGAUCUGGCCAUCCAAUGUACGGGACAUUGCAAGUCAACCUGCAAAGUAAACACUUGACUAAAUGACUAAACUAGAAAAAGGUACAUUUGUUGAAGAAAAUGUGUGGGCUUUCAGCUCUAUGAAAGGUUUUGUAGCCUACCAUAGCCAUUUGAUAUGUUGAAUAAUUAUAUAAAAGGCGUUGUUGGGU